AUGGACGACUUGGAUUUCGGCCAGUAUGUUGCCUCACACUCUGCAGAUCCUUCUGCAUGCAAUGGCGCGCAUGGUGGUCUUCUAGCGUCUGUGCGUGAUUGGGUUUUUAGUAUGCAGGCCUAUGCCAUGGCAGCUUAUGGCUUGCAAAGCUCUGCCAUGUCGAAAGCAUCGCAUCGCAUAGGAACAUGUCAUCGAGGUCUAGUGCAACAUGCGCUGGCCGAACAACAUAUGCACAAUGCCAUGCAAGCUUUGACGCAGGCAGUCGUGCAUGCAGAGCGUCUUUCGCGCGAAUUGGCCCAGCGUACUUCAUCACUGGAUGAAAACAAUCGCCAGGUACAUUUGCGGCAAGUUCAGUUGCGUAAUGAGCAGCAGCAUCUUGAUACCCUACGCCAGAAACUUGAGCAUGAGCGUACUUCUCUUAAGCACAAGCUCAAGCACGCCGCUCAAACAAAGCGCGAGCUUGCUGAGCAGCACGACGCAUUGGAACGUCGUGGCCAGUCUAUGGAAAAAGAGCAACAAGCCCAGGCCAUGCGCACGCAGGAAGCCAUCGCCUGUGCCAAAAGUCAAAGUGCCGAGGCUAUUCGAAAGGCGGCUCUGGCAGAAGAAGCAGCCAUGCAACGCGCAUCGGAAGCAGAGGAUCGUGCGCGUGCUGCCGAGGAGCGUGCUUCAGAUAUGGCUGACGCGCUUCAUGCGACACGCGCCAAGAACCAGAGUAUGGCUGAUCAAAUGCGUGCCCUCCAAGCGGCCUUGGCCUCAAAUAAAAGCAAGCGGCGGUCUGAACGUGAAACAUCAGAUCGUCUUCGAUCAAGAGUCUUUCAACUUGAGCACGAACGAGACGCAUCAGCAUCGCCUCUACGUGAGCGUUCUAUAAAUGAGUGUAUGUCGCUUAGUCGCAGUCGUCAAGGCCACCAUGUGCCCGAAACGCCAGACGCCGGAGCAAAAAGGAAAAGAGCGACAGGCGUCGGCGCGGGCGCGAAUACGGAUGCGGGUGUGGCAGCGAGUUUCGAGACUGAGACCGAUCCACACUUGUCUGCCAGCUCAGAGUUUGCGCCUACACUGAUCUCGCUCAAGCCCAGGGCCGAGUCUUCGGCGCCCACACCUUCACCUAGUCAGGCAUUCUUGUCCUCUCUCACAUAUGAUAUGGACGACAACGAAUUCCCUAUGCCAGGUGGCUCGUGGCCAACCAUGAAUCAGCCACAUUCUCGCAUAAGUCCACACAAGCACACAGCCGUUUCGGAUUCGCUUUGGAUACAUAGCAGCACGCAGGGAACCGUCGCGUUGGGUCCGCGACGGCGGCCUACGUAG